UUCGAUGCUAUCGAAGAUACGGAGUUGAGUUCGCCAACAUCAGUCGAUAUACGUGGACUAUGAUGCCGACACACACACCGUAAACCGGGAGUGAACGUACUCUAGAAAUGAGCGCACGUGCGAAUAUUGCGUCAAUAAGAGUUUAAGCGAUAACAAGGCAUAAAAAAACACUCUGAAGUUCGUGGUAAGUCCAUAUUCCCGUUAAAAUGGACGACAAUGCUACAAUGUGAAUGUUGUUAUUAGCAAAUUUCCUGGAGUUUGACAGACACAUCUGAUGAAUGGCGUGUUUCGUGACAAUGACAAUGGACUAGGAAAGGUCAUUUGUAGCUAUUAACGACAAGCAUCCCGCUGUCAGAAUACUUACAUUGUAUAUGGAUUCGGAACUGUAAAUUCUUUAAAUUACGCAUUCAUGACUGCAGUCGUAAUCUCACGGUUGAAAAUGUUGCGACAUUUCAAUUGAAGGUAUGAUACUUAAUCUACUUAAUCUUUAUAAAAUUAACUGAAGGAACUGAAUUAAUUGUUGUAUAGACUUCUAACGAACACCCGACAGGGAAUAACAAUGUAUUGCUGUAACAAUGAACUAGUGAUAUUUUAUUGUGUUUAUUGAUUUAAACGUAUUUUAUUUGUCAGAACACAAAUGGGAUUAGACACAAGUAUAAAACUUAUAAUCCAUCUUUUCGUGUAAAAUAGAUAUAUCAGAUUUCCAUCUGGAGUUCAAUGCAAUAUACCUUAACUAUGAACAAUAACCUGUAUAUCCGUACAUCUGAAAAUAAAUAACAAUAAAUCUAAAAACAAAGCAUAGCAGUGGACAAUCAACAGAGAAUUCCGUAUUAACGGUCUCCCCAUUGUCAUGUUUGAUAUAUAAUGGACAACCUGUUGUGAUAAAAUCAGUAGGGAUCUAUUGUUUACAUAUUGUUUUUGGACUUCACUCUCGACCUAUCCCGAAUGGACGAUGUAAGUGGAAAUUUCCCUGGAUACCGUUCAUUAUAUGGUAAUGGAAAACAGCAUUUAACAAAUCCGUGUAUAUUGUCAUCUUAAAUAUAUUUCGACAUGUUUUGAUACUUUCUCUGUGGAUGUAAUGUCAGUUUAAAUGGAUGCCUGGAGGUAGCAAAACAAACACUUGAACAGUUUAAAGGAUUUUACUGAAACCGUAGAGACCGCUAAAUCGCCAAUUGAUGGAAUAUAAUGGAUUUCCUUGUGAAUGGGCUGGAGUAUGACAGUCGACAAAACACAACAACUUGAAACAUUGUGGUAUGUUGGUGUUCAUAAAGGAAAGCACACAGUGGCUAUGACACGGACUUAAUCUGCCGGAACUAUUGGUGAGCUGGAAUUUGAAUUCGGAGUUUCUUUCAUACAGAUCCUUUUCAGCGUUAUCCCUGUUGACCGGGGGGCUACGUCUAAAUAUAUAUAUACAUGUAUCGAAUAAAUAGUCUGUAAAAUAACAUACGGCGUGGAACGGGGUGUUUUGAGAAGAUAGAGGCGUGUAAUUACCCCCAUAUAAUCAGACAUGUACAUUUCAUAUGAGCGGUGAGCGAGUCUACACGUGUGACCUACAGUCUUUUCACCGACAAGUAGAGCGUUUCAAUAUUUCUGAUUUCCUGUAUCAGUUUCUACUUUACAUGUCCGGGAUACACGUUUAACUGUCUUUUCUACAGAAUGUUGAAGAUGACUGUGUGUUUAAAUCUUAAUCAUUUAUCUUCGAAUGAAUCUGAAUACACGACAUAAUGUACUGGACAGUGAACUAAUUAUUUGAACACUCUGGAUCUAUGAUUUAACAAUUAUAGCGACUCAUUUUGAUAGACAAACAUCUAUAUAGGCCUGUGAGGUUAUGUCGAGUCUAUAUCCAGCAGUGAUCAUUUCGUAGUAGUUUUGGAUAUACUUAUAACAUUUAUACAACAUGCCUGGCAACGAUUCGUUAAGUAAAUCUAACCAUUUACAAGACCUGCUGAACGCAUCGUUCCUCAAAUGUCUACGGGAGGUCCUGUCGCAGCCUUAUCCGAAUGACGGUGAGCAAUACUGCAAUGCUACCAGUGAUAUAUUCGGCUGCUGGAACUACACACAGGCUGGUACUACGGCUAUCAUCCCCUGUCCAGAAAUACCGGGAAUGAACCCGAAUGAGUAUGCCUUCAAGCAAUGCACAGAAAAUGGAACCUGGUGGCGGAGUCCUAGCACAAACAAAGAAAAAUCUGACUACAGUUACUGCUGGAAAGAUAUCCAUACCUUUAUAGAAAACACCAACAGUGGCCAUGAACAUGUUUAUAUAUUCGUAAGCGGCUAUUCCAUCUCCGUGGCGAUGCUUCUUUUAUCUCUUUUCAUAUUCUGCAGAUUUAGUCAGCUCCGGUGUGACAGAAUCACUAUACAUAAGAAUUUGUUCUCGUCAUACGUACUGACCGGAUUUUCCUGGAUUCUAUACAUGCUCCUGGUGGCCACCAACGGUCACGUGAUUCAAGAAAAUCCAAUAUGGUGUCGGAUGAUUCACGUGUUUGCCCAGUACUGCGUGGUGUCUAACUUCUCUUGGAUGUUCUGUGAGGGCCUAUAUCUACAUACUAUCAUGGUCCGCACAUUCGGCUCCACCAAACACGUCCUCAUCGCCUGUUACUUCAUAGGCUGGCUUUGGCCGUUCGUGCUUGUUUCAAUAUACACGGGUAUCAGAGGCUCAGCUGACGACGACCAAAGAUCAAGUUGCUGGAUAGGAGAGAGCAGUCUACAGUGGAUUAUGUACGCCCCUAUAAUAGUCUCUAUGGUGGCCAACUUUAUUUUCCUGUGCAACAUAGUCCGUCUCUUGAUCACAAAACUGAGACAGGUUCCAGAGGCCACUCAGACAAAUGAUGAAUUGCACUCUGAAUGUGCUUUCUUUAUGGCUUUGAAGACACAAAUGAAUACUGAGGGGUCAAAUGUCAACAUAGAGGAAGUCGAUAGAUUCAAGAAAGCUGCACGUGCUACGUUGAUUUUGAUCCCACUGUUGGGCCUACAAUUCCUUCUGGUUCCCUUACGACCGGAGAUCGGAUCUGACACAGAGAGAGCGUACCAUUACAUCAGUGCUCUGGUCGUCUCGCUGCAGGGGGCGUUUGUUUCCACGAUGUACUGCUUUUGUAACAGUGAGGUGAUAUCGGUUAUCAAGCGGAAGUGGUAUCAACACAAAGUCAUGUUUAGUGGAAAACGGAGUAGGACGUCAUCAACCAUUGCUGCAACCACGUACACAUUUGUGGAUCACGUGUCAACUGUACAAACAUCAAUCACGUGAGCGAUGUCGCGAGAAACCGAGAAGGAUUAUACAUCACAGGACUGGAAUAAUUUAUAAUAUCUGUAUAUUGUUAUAUUUGUUAUCUUAAUAUCAUUGUUGCUAUUAACAUAGUAAAAAAGCCAUGUCAGAAAUAAAUCAUGUAGCAUUUUCAUA